AUGCAACUUUAUAAUAGAAUCUCAGGAUUAGAUUUUCUCUUGCCUGGGGACGAGUUCACUCACUUUGCCUGCAACAUUUGUUGGAGGUAUUCCAUGAGAAGUCCUGAAUUUCCUGGUAGCAUUGGUGAUGAAGCUGUGGGAGGUAGUAGUGGAGGACUGGUGGGUAGCGAUGGUGAUGAUGAUCCAGACACAGAACCUGAGAGAGCGGACGAGACGAUGUAG